AUCGACCCUCUAAAACCCUGAAUUCGUUGUGCCUAUGCGCCCCUCCCCUGCUUUGCCUUGGGUUUUUUCAAUUGCAAAGGCUCAAAGCAGCGCAAACAUUGAAACGAGAGAGAUGGAGGAAGCUUCGGAGAUGGAAGUAGAGGAACAGAAACAACCUGUUCAGAAUAAUCAAAGCUCAACCAAGAGAUUCGGUCUCAAAAACUCGAUUCAAACCAACUUCGGCGACGACUACGUUUUCCAAAUCGUCCCCAAGGAUGAUUGGGCGUCCAUGGCGGUGUCAUUGUCAACUAACGCAGUGAAACUGUACUCGCCAAUGACGGGUCAGUACUUUGGAGAGUGUAAAGGACACACUUCUACUAUCAAUCAUAUCUCUUUCUCUGGUCCUUCCACUCCUCAUACUUUGCACUCUUCCUCCUCUGAUGGAACCAUCCGGGCCUGGGAUACCAGAACUUUUCACCAGGUUUCGUGUAUAACUGCUGGUUCUUCUCAAGAGGUCUUUAGCUUCUCGUUUGGAGGGUCAGAUGACAACCUUUUGGCUGCAGGAUGUCAAUCACAGAUAUUUUUCUGGGACUGGAGGAACAAGAAGCAAGUUGCAUGCUUGGAGGAAUCCCAUGUGGAGGAUGUUACCCAGGUUCAUUUCAUCCCUGGCCAUCAAAACAAACUAGCUUCUGCUUCUGCUGAUGGAUUGAUAUGCACAUUUGAUACCAAUGGAGAUAUCAAUGAUGAUGAUCAUCUUGAGUCUGUGAUCAAUGUAGGAACUUCAAUUGGGAAAGUUGGGUUUUUUGGUGAGUCUUAUGAGAAGCUCUGGUGUUUGACCAACAUUGAGACCUUAAGUGUAUGGAAUUGGAAGGAUGGAUCAAAUGAAGCUAACUUUGAGGAUGCUCGUUCACUAGCAUCAGACAGUUGGACAUUGGAUCAUGUUGAUUACUUUGUUGAUUGUCACUGCUUUGGAGGAGAAAAUUUGUGGGUGAUUGGUGGCACUAAUGCUGGCUCUUUAGGUUAUUUCCCAGUAAUUUAUAAAGGAGCAGCCGCGAUAGGACCCCCAGAAGCGGUUCUUGGGGGUGGCCAUAUGGGUGUUGUUAGGAGUAUAUUGCCUAUGUCAAGCAUGAGGAGUGGGCCUGCUCAAAGCCAAGGCAUUUUUGGUUGGACAGGUGGUGAGGAUGGUCGCUUGUGUUGUUGGAUGGCUGAUGAUUCCUCAGAGAUCAAUCGAUCCUGGAUCUCGAGUGCUUUGGUCAUGAAGUCACCACGAAAUCGCAAAAGAAGUAGGCAUAAUCCCUACUAAAUAUCCACUGUUCAGCUCAUGCUUUGUCAUCUGAUAGCUUUCUUGUAACCUUUCCAUCAAAAUUUUCCCAGUUAGCAACAAGUUUGGAGUUAUCGGUACUGUUAUAUUAUAAAGUACUCGAAAAUGAAAAGCUUCUACUGUUUAAGGAAAUCGUUACAUUCGUUUUUGAGCAGA